AUGGAGGUGAAAAGAACAAAGGGUCGCCAAAGGAUACCCAUAAAGAGAAUAGAGAGGGAGAGCGACUGCUUCGCCACGUUCUCCAAACGCCGGCUCGGGCUCUUUCGGAAGGCCAGCGAGCUCAGCAAGCUCUGCAGCAUCGACAUCGGGCUCGUCGUCUUCUCACCCACCGGCAAGCCCUUCUCGUUUUUCCAUCCGACUGCGGAGUCCGUCUUCGGAAGGGCACUAAGCCCUAGCCGAAGGCCCAACAACAGUGAUGCAGCCCGUCUCGUGGAGGCCCAUGCCCGAACUAGGGUUGAUCAACUCAACUGGAUGCUCGAGAGGCUCGAAGAGCAGUUGGAAACCGAGACUGAGAGAGAGGGACGAAUGGAGGUUCUCAAGGCCGAGUUGACUGGGUAA